AUGCAGUGAGGCAAUUAUGGAGCAUCUACUGUAUGCUGAGCCAAGAGGGAGGUGGGCUGGAUCUCUCCUCUGCUCUUGGGAAGACUUAGCCCUUUGGUACUGUCCUAAAGCUCUUUCAUGGGUUCCUCUAAGCAGGACCACAAAGAAAAACUUGAUUUCCCCCAUUCCAGCUCUUAUGUGGCUCCCAGGAUGUGCAGAAGGGCUCUGUUGGAGAUACUGUAGGCACUAAAUGUUUGGGACAUAUCCCCAGUCAAAGAGGUCUUGCUCGGCCGGAGAAAACUGCCUCCCCCCAACCCCGGGGGAGGAAAUAAAGCCCUCCUCCCAUGGAAGAAAAGGCCUUGCAGGGCACCGGUGAGGGAGGGCCGGGGUUGGGCACUGACAAAAACCUUCCCAGCCCUUCCUUGUUUCCUAAUAACAUCUAGGGUGUAAGUCACGCGUUUUGCCCCUACCUUUUUCACCUCUCCCUUGCUCUUUUGUUCAUCCCUCUCAUCUCUCAUUCCUCACCUCUUGACGUACCCUCUCUUGCCCCGCUUUCAAAAGCUAACCUGAAAGCCUCUCACCUGAUGGCUUACCUGUUCUCUUCGCACUCCUUUCCCUCUUCAACACGGGCUCGCUUAACCUCCCUGCUCUCGGGUCUCACCUCCCCAACGCCUUCUCACUUGUACGGCCUCAACUGCUCUGCUUUUAACGGCUAGUUUACCCGCCUGACCCUCACCUGCCCCGCCCCCUCAGUGUCAUUUUCCUCCCAGACGCCUGCGGGCUCUCCAGGGGGCAGGGCCUCGCCGGGAGGUGGGGUAAAGAAGAACUUCAGUCCAACCACGAAGGUACCCAGGAGUUUUGGUGCGGAAAGGGCGGGAUCAUCCGUAGAAGGUGCCAAUGAAGAGCCGGGAUAGAAGAGGAUCAGUCGAACCAAUGAGAGAAGGACACACGAUGGGUGGGUGAUCUGGAAAGCGGGAUCAAUGAAGACGAAGGCGGGUCUAGUAACGGGAAUGAACCAAUGAGGCUCUGUAGAGAUGGCAAGAGGCUGAGUCGGCCGCGCGUUGGGUCUCCCCAUUUCGACGGAAUCUGGAAAUCCCAAGGCCGCGAUCUUAAGUUCACUGUCAGGAGCGGACAAGGAAAGCCACCGCUCUGGCCAACCCUUCACUCGCCCCACAUCCUACCCCGGAGGCCAGGAAGCGGAACUGACGGACACGGAAGUGCCCUGCUGUUGCCGAGGGGACGGGCCAGGCAGAUGCCAACAUGGCAGCGGUUGGGUCUGGCGGUUCCACCGCGGCGGCUGGGCCAGGGGCGGUCUCCGCGGGGGCGUUGGAGCCUGGAACCGCGAGUGCGGCUCACCGGCGCCUCAAAUACAUAUCCCUAGCUGUGCUGGUGGUCCAGAAUGCCUCCCUCAUCCUCAGCAUCCGCUACGCCCGCACACUGCCUGGGGACCGCUUCUUUGCCACCACUGCUGUGGUCAUGGCCGAAGUGCUCAAAGGUCUCACCUGCCUGCUGCUGCUCUUCGCACAGAAGAGGGGUAACGUGAAGCACCUGGUGCUCUUCCUCCACGAGGCUGUCCUGGUGCAGUAUGUGGACACACUCAAGCUCGCGGUGCCCUCUCUCAUCUACACCUUGCAGAAUAACCUCCAGUAUGUUGCCAUCUCCAACCUGCCAGCUGCCACUUUCCAGGUGACGUACCAGCUGAAGAUCCUGACCACGGCGCUGUUCUCCGUGCUCAUGCUGAACCGCAGCCUUUCGCGGCUGCAGUGGGCCUCCCUGCUGCUGCUCUUCACUGGCGUCGCCAUCGUCCAGGCACAGCAGGCCGGCGGCGGGAGCCCUCGGCCGCUGGAUCAGAAUCCCGGGGCAGGCCUGGCGGCCGUCGUGGCCUCGUGCCUGUCCUCAGGCUUCGCGGGCGUCUACUUCGAGAAGAUCCUCAAGGGCAGCUCGGGCUCGGUGUGGCUGCGCAACCUGCAGCUGGGCCUCUUCGGCACGGCGCUGGGCCUGGUGGGGCUCUGGUGGGCCGAGGGCACUGCUGUGGCCCGCCGCGGCUUCUUUUUCGGGUACACGCCUGCCGUCUGGGGCGUGGUGCUCAACCAGGCCUUUGGUGGGCUGCUGGUGGCUGUUGUCGUCAAGUACGCCGACAACAUCCUCAAGGGCUUUGCCACCUCCCUGUCCAUCGUGCUGUCUACUGUUGCCUCCAUCCGCCUCUUCGGCUUCCACGUGGACCCGUUGUUUGCCCUGGGCGCUGGGCUGGUCAUCGGUGCCGUCUACCUCUACAGCCUUCCCCGAGGUGCAACCAAAGCCAUAGCCUCCGCCUCCACCUUUGGGCCCUGCCCUCACCAGCAGCCUCCAGGGCAGCCACCGCCACCGAAGCUGUCUUCCCAUCGCGGAGACCUCGGCACGGAGCCCUUUCUGCCCAAGUUGCUCACCAAGGUGAAGGGUUCAUAGCCGCUGGGAUCGAAGACGCUGGCCUGGCCUCCUUCUCCCCUCUUGCCCUGGCCCAGCCAGGACCAAACUCUGAUCAGUAUUAGGGGUGGGGGGAGGUAGACACUGAACCCCAACCUGGCCCCCCCACCCCCUCGCUCCCACACAGGGGUGACACAACCAAACUCUGGGAAUGAGGGUGUGGACAGGACCCCUCUCGGCCUCCGGCCCCCGUCGCCCCC